AUGGAGAACGAUAUACCCGCCAUCCAGGCCCCUGAUGGGCGGUCUUCGAGGAGAGACCGCCUUAUGGGCAAGCUCUUUGGUGCGAAAGAUCGCAAAGGAGACGAAGCACGCUCUGCCGCCAACGUCGAAUCGUUCCUUCACAGCUCCUCAGAUAAUCUUACAAUCAUAAACCCUCCCCCGCCUCCCCCACCGUCUUCGCUCCCAAAGCUAGCCAAGCUCGACACCACAUCGAUCUCUCGUUACCCUCAAGCUUUAGCUGUCAACCAUGCAGCUCAGCAAAACCGACCUCUCGUUGCAAGCCCAGCUCGGCCCGAUACCAAUAAAUCGCCGGGACGAAGCCCACGACCUAAUAAGAAGGGCCUUGUCGUAAGAUUUGACGAUACCGCCCCCGAUGUGAUCGGCGAAGGAGGAGAUGAAUCUGAGAUCCCAACUCAAGAGAUCUCGAAGCGCAAAGCCUCUCGACCUAAACCACAGCAAGCACCACAAGCACCACAGCCACCCGCUCAUCGUAGGGCCCCAAUGCCGCCAGCUCGUCCUCCCCGUCCCGAUUCAACUGGACCUGCCUCGCCUGUGGAUGAUUUCCGACCAAAAUCGCUAUCCAGGACACAGACCGGCUUCUCCUCAAUUUACACACCCGGGUCGGACGACGAGUCUGACGCUGGAGCAAACAACAACCUCAAGCCAGAUGAGCUUGUUUCACCUAUCUCUGCACAGCAGACACUCAGUCCAGCAAGGGCAAGGUUUUUGGGCCCAGCAGGAAGACAAGAUGACAACAGAAAAUCAUACAUUGAGAUUCAUUCUGCGCAACAGCGUGAAGCAGAAGGUAGAGUAUUUGCUGAAGCUGCGCGAGUCGCCAGUGCGACGUCAGCAUCCUCCCACAACUGGGACGACCCUCAUUCUGCUACGCCUCUUUCAACCUCUCCCGUUGAAUCGCGAAGACCAGGGCCUCCGUCACCAGAAGUCCAAUCGGCCAAACCAAGUCUUGAAUACAGUCCUGCCGCUUCUGUUCAUUCCAACUCUUCAGCUUAUUCACCGCCUGUACCUUCAGCUGCAAUCCCGGCUUCUGCUCCGGGUGCAUCUCCAGCCCCGAUUCCUUCUGGGUCUCCAGCUGUUCCCAGUCCAGUCCCAACUCCCGCCUCCGCAAUAUCUAUGGCUUCGACAACGACUUCAGAAGUUAAUCAGUUAUCGCGGCAGCCAAGCAUUGCGCCACAGCGUGCUCCUCCCAUGAUGGCGUCUAGAGCCUUAUCUGUAAGAGUUGCUGAUGGUACUUCGGCUGCUGCUGAGCAGGCUCUUGAGAUCUUUACCACAAGGACGAGCCAUCUUUUUGAGCUUUUCCGACUCCACGCGGAAUCCAUUAAACCUUUGUCGACUUGUUCUCUAAUGGACUUUGGUCGCGGUGCGCUGUGGUGGUUUCUCAAGGGUCGCAUGGGCCUGGAAGUUGCCAUCAGAGAAAGACCCAGUUCUCCACAGGGCCAGAUGCAGAACGACAGGGACCGCCAGCAAGCUUAUGCCAACCUGGCAAAAGCUUUCUGGCUUUCUGAGCAGGUAGUCCCUGAAGUUGCUCAGUCGCAAGGGGUAGAGAUUGACUCUGAGAUCACCGACGUUAGCGCUAGUCUGGUUUCAGCGCUUAAGAAGCUGGCCAUGUCUAUGAAACGAAAUGGGUUCUUGCCCCCCGAGGACGCAUUCUUACCACAGAGCAUUGACAAGUCAAUAUGGGUUGAAUACCCGCCUUUGAGUCAGGAUAUGAUUGCCCUGCUCUCGGGUAACUGGGCUUCGGGUCUUACUGCCAUGACGAGUCCGAUGUCCAAGUUGAGGCUACUAGAUGCUUUGCCCGUUGGAGAUACUACGGACAACUUCAACUACGGGCGAGUGCAAGCAGAUGCUUAUCUUAUGGAGCAAGGCCAUGAAGACCAGAAACUCUAUUUUCCAUGCCUGCUUUCGAUGGUCCGGCCACAAAAGUCUACGGGACUGGUCUUCAUCUUAGCCAGCCAGAAUGGCCACGUGCAACUCGUUAUACAAGAGAACAAGAAUGUUGGUCCAGUCUGGGACGACGUUCGCUGGCGAAAGGAAACGUUUACCGUUGAUAUUCGACUACGACGUGGCUUCAUGAUAACUAUUCAGCUUGUGCAGCAGGAUUUCAGGACCCUAUGGAACAUGUACGACUUUGGAAGCAAGGUCAACCAGUCACUUUAUCCACGUAACGACGAGAGCAUGGUGUUUAGGUCAACCUUGCGGUCAUUCCAGGUGAUGGAUGCCGACCCCAACUACCGCCAAUUCCCGAAGGAGCCAACGCCUUACUGUGAAAUCUCAUUGUUUGAGAAGAUCCACAAGGAAAAUGGGCCUGCAGCUACUCGUACAUGGCAUCUUGGUUUCCGAAUUGCCGUGGUAACAGGGCCAAAGACAAGAACGCUGAGCGGAGUCCAGCAU